AUGGAGCCGGACGAGCGGGACUCCGUGGCCGCAUGGUGGCACAUGGUCGUGCGGAACCUGCGAUCUUUCCCACACUCCUGUUCCACACUCGGAAGGAAAAUUGCCACUCUGUGUGACAGCUUUACAAGUAAAUCAUUAAAAGAACACAUUUGCCCUCCUCUGAUGCACAUGCUGAUUUUUGUAAACUUUUUCAAAGCACCAUUUCUUGUGGAUUUAAAGAAACCAGAGUUGAAUCCUCACACGGUGAACUUCUACAUCAAAGUCGAGCCUGGGGUAAUUCUGGGAAUCUGGCACACGGUUCCCAGCUGCCGGGGGGAGGAUGCUAAGGGGAAGGGACGGAGCUGGUAUGAAGCAGCCCUCUGUGAUGGCAACCCAAUUAUUGUUUAUCUUCAUGGCAGUGCACAACACAGGGCAGCUUCUCAUAGACUGGAGCUAGUAAAGGUGCUGAGUAAUGGUGGCUUUCAUGUCUUGUCUGUUGACUACAGAGGGUUUGGGGACUCGACGGGUACACCCACGGAGGAUGGACUGACUGCAGAUGCAGUUUGUGUCUACGAGUGGACCAAGGCGAGAAGUGGUACCACCCCUGUGUGUCUCUGGGGCCACUCUCUGGGGACAGGAGUUGCAACAAAUGCUGCAAAAGUUCUAGAAGAGAAGGGAUUUCCAGCUGAUGCAAUUAUCCUGGAAGCUCCAUUUACCAACAUAUGGGUUGCAAGUAUCAAUUAUCCCUUGUUAAAGAUUUACCGGAAACUUCCAGGAUUUUUAAGGUCAAUUAUGGAUGCCCUGAGGAAAGACAAACUAGUCUUUCCCAAUGAUGAAAAUGUCAAAUUCCUGUCUUCUCCCCUUCUCAUCAUACAUGGUGAGGAUGACAAAACGGUACCUUUGGAAUUUGGAAAAAAGCUCUACGAAAUUGCCCACAAUGCUUAUAGGAACAAAGAGAGGGUGAAGAUGGUGAUCUUUCCUCCUGGCUUCCGACACAACGCCCUUUGUAAAAGCUCUGCACUGUUACAUACCGUGAGAGAUUUCUUGAGCCAGCAGUGGGCGUGA